ACGCGGCCACGUCAUGUAAACUGAAUGGGGAAGUAUUACGUACAUCAGGCAGCAUAGUAACCAAACCAAAAUAGAAGAGGACUGAAACAGCAUUUCUGCGUUGUGCUCACAGAUUCGUUUGUUGCAUUCGCUCUUUUCCAAACCCGCAUCGGCGGAGAACAGACAGAGAAUCUCCAAGGUCUCAAAUCAUAUGGCAAGAUGUCAGAUAUCGGGGACUGGUUUAAAAACAUCCCUUUCGUCACUCGUUACUGGUUUGCUGGAUCCAUUGCUGUGCCGUUAAUAGGAAAGCUGGGAUUGAUCAGUCCUAUGUAUCUUGUUUUAUGGCCGGAGGCAUUCUUUCAUAAAUUCCAGAUAUGGAGACCAAUAUCUUCAACGUUGUAUUUCCCAGUUGGCCCAGGGACAGGUUUUCUCUACCUGGUUAAUUUGUAUUUCCUCUACCAAUACUCCUCUAGGCUUGAAACAGGAGCUUUUGAUGGAAGACCAGCAGACUAUAUUUUCAUGCUUCUGUUCAACUGGAUUUGCAUUGUUAUAACAGGCUUAAUGAUGGAUAUGCAGCUCCUGAUGAUCCCUUUGAUCAUGUCUGUUCUGUACGUCUGGGCUCAGCUAAAUCGAGACACAAUUGUAUCUUUCUGGUUUGGCACCAGAUUCAAGGCUUGUUAUCUCCCUUGGGUCAUUCUGGGAUUCAACUAUAUCAUCGGUGGCUCUGUUGUCAAUGAGCUGAUUGGGAACUUAGUUGGCCACCUUUACUACUUCCUGAUGUUCAAAUACCCCAUGGACCUGGGUGGCAGGUCCUUCCUCUCCACCCCACAGUUCCUGUACCAAAUGUUCCCCAGUCGACGAGGUGGGGUAUCUGGAUUUGGAGUUCCUCCAAGCAGGAGACCUGUGCCCCAGGAGCAGGCAGGAGGUGGUGGUGGUGGUGGUGGUGGUGGUGGACGCCAUAACUGGGGUGAAGGCUUUCGCCUUGGGGACGACUGAAGCCUUUCCCUAAUGCACCCAUGGAUAAAUACUGAAACUUCUAACAUCAAUGCUGCAGAAUAUGGAUUUUAUAUGUUUCGGGGUUCAUUUUUGUUGUUGCUUUUCUUCAGACCCACAAUGAAAAGAGAAAUGUGACCGAGCUCCGUCCUAGCGUUACUUAUUUUCAUUUUACAUCUGAGUUUCACAGUGUGUAGUUUUUGAAAGGCUCUGUUAAAAUGCCUGCUGUAGCAUAGUUGGUUUAAUGGUAAGAAAUUCAGGGGACUUUGAUUGUCCUUCCCAGAAUAUGACAGCAUUCAGUGUAUGCAGGCUACAUAUUAUUUGCUCAGAUGAAAACUUGUAUGUUUAAUUUCUCCAUGGACUUUUCAGUGUAGAAUGUUUAUUAGCUUAUCUGUUUCAGAAUGGUCAUGAUGUGUCUAAAAUUUUGAUCACCAGUUUUUAUAAAUCAACUCAUUUGAUUCUAAAAUUCAUUAGGUUCAGUUUGUUGUAAACUUUGUUUACAUUUUGUAAAUUACCAAUUAGAACUUGCAGAUGAAAGUGCUGUGCAUAUUUCAGUCUGUUUGUUUUAUACAUGUGUUUAGAUGCAAACCUUGUGUAAAGGGUAUCAAUCAAUUUAAUUACAGAAAAAACUGCCAUGCACUUUUCACACAUUAUUGAUUAAACUUAAGUUAACAAUUACCUUGUGAUAUAGACUGUAUAUAAAAUCUCACAUGCACACAAACCUUUCCACAAUCAGUUCACUGGCCAAUCAGCAAAAAGAAAUCAAAGUUAAUUAACAUUAGCUGUUUGUACACUGGUAGUUAUAUCUAUAGGUUAUAUGGCACACUAAUGUGGUUAUAUGUCCCUGAACAUUUUGACAAAGGUUCUUUACAAAGAAAACGCAUUACAAUACAAAUGUCGUGCACAUAGUAUAAGAUAUUGUAUACAGUUGCAUCAAAGUUAAUCUUGCCAAACUCCUUUCCAAAUCACAAUCUUUACUAAAUGGUCAGUUUUUAUUUCUAGUGCUUCUUAAUUGAUGUUUUAUUGAGUUACAAUUACUAACAGCAAUUACCAAUGCUACAGAUAGUUGUAAAAAGCAAUUUUGCUUGCUAAUUCUGAAAGUUCAUUGAUUACACAAUGUGUCUUGAGGGACACAUUCAGGAUACAGGAGCCUUUAACAUGUAUUUAUAUCUUGCAGUACCCUAAAUUUUGUUGAAUCUCUUUAGGGAGCUCUUUAAGAGAACAUGCUCUGUUGGUUGAAUUUUUACAAUGGCAAUGUUGCUGUUUUUGGUAAACAGUGGGGAUCAAAGUAAGAUUUCAAUCAGUUGUGUUUUAUUGAAUUACAGCAGACUGGUUCUUAUAAAGAGCAAGCAGGAUUCUUGAUUGCAGUACAGUAUUCCUGAUGCAUGUCUGAACAUGACACUAAAACAGCUGCAAGAAAAAAAAUACGUUGAAGCGAGCCGAAAGCAGUUCACAGCAGAGUAGUGGAAAUGGGAAACUAUGCCUUGGAAAAGCCAACAUGAUAAAGAUGAUUUUGCAGUUACCAUAAUAUUGCCAAAAAUGUGUCUACAAGAACAAAUAAACAUGCUGUGCAUCACUGUA